UUAUGACCUAGAUAUAUCCGUAGACUCAGUCAUCUUGGUGCCUGCUUGCCUCUUGCGCCUGGCUAAUUCGUCGUUGAAGCCCAUUCUUCAAUCCCUGAUCCGAGGAACCAAGACAAAAAGAAAGAUAAUAAUUUCGGUUCUCUUGAACCGGCCUCCAACUCCGUGCCCGUGAUGACAGACCAAGUAUCCUCCAACCCGGUCACAAUCGUGGUCGAACACUUGGACCCUGAGUUGGGCGCCUGGUCUACUUUGGAGUAUGGUUGCAUCGCUCGUGAGGCGCAUGCAUCUGGCAGUCGAUUUCUCCUAAGCUCCGUGCCCACAUCCCUGCAGAUGCCACCGGAGUUGGCUGCGACGCAAGGGCUUGAUGUCGAACACCGGAGCAUCGAGGAAGUUUUUGCAGACCGGAAGUCCAAGGUCUGUCUGCUGGACCCGGCCGCCCAGGUGGAAUUAAGCCCCGCGGACGGAGAGAAUUUCGAAGUGUUCCUCUUCGGAGGCAUUCUCGGUGAUGACCCUCCUCGCGACCGGACCUCGGAAUUAAGAAAAAAGGGCUAUGCCGGAAGGCGAUUGGGCCCCAAGCAAAUGACCACCGACACGGCAGUGCGAGUAACGCGCAUGGUGGUCCAUGAUAAAGUGCCGCUGGAGCAAAUCCAGUACCUGGACUACCCGGAGAUCCUCAUCAACGAGCAUGAGCGAACCGAGAUGCCCUUCCGUUAUGUGAAGGGAGAAGAUGGCCAGCCCAUCAUGCCUGGGGGAAUGGUUGACUUGAUCAAAAAGGACGCUGAUCAGGGGAUCGACGAUCUCAUGGCUCGUCCGUUCUUGCGCCUGGGUGUCUGGAAGGAGAACGGCGCCGCCUCCUUCCUCGUCGUGUCGUGGUUGCUAUCACUCCUCUUGAUCGUGAACCCGACUUUAGUCUCUGCCGCUACAGCUGCAGACUACUAUGUUCGCUCGUUACCGGGGGCUCCCGAAGGCCCGUUGCUGAAAAUGCAUGCUGGGCAUAUCGAGGUCGACGAGAAGAGCAAUGGCAAUCUUUUCUUUUGGCAUUUUCAAAACCGGCACAUCGCCAAUCGACAACGAACCGUGAUCUGGCUGAACGGGGGACCAGGAUGUAGCUCGAUGGAUGGCGCGCUGAUGGAAGUCGGUCCUUACCGAUUGAAAGACCGCAACACGCUAGAAUACAACGAAGGGUCUUGGGACGAGUUUGCCAACCUACUCUUCGUGGAUCAGCCGGUCGGAACGGGCUUCAGUUAUGUCAACACCGACAGCUAUAUCCAUGAGCUGGAUGAGAUGGCUGCGCAUUUCAUUACGUUCCUCGAGAAAUGGUUUGAACUGUUUCCGGAGUAUGAACCCGAUGACCUUUAUAUUGCGGGCGAGUCUUAUGCCGGUCAACAUAUCCCAUAUAUCGCCAAGGCCAUCCAAGAACGGAACAAGAAAGCCCAGGGCAGUGCCCAGUGGAAACUACGGGGUCUCUUGAUCGGUAACGGCUGGAUUUCCCCCGUAGAUCAGUAUCCCGCCUACCUGAGUUUCGCAUACGAGGAAGGUCUCAUCGAGGAGCACAGUCGGGUGGCCAAUGAACUGGAGGUGUUACAUUCGGUCUGCGAAUCCAGGUUAAAGGCCGGGAAGAAUAAGAUUCAUCUAGACGAUUGCGAAGCGGUACUGCAGAAGCUUCUGAGCCGGACGAUGGACUCGAAGAACACAUGCUACAACAUGUACGAUAUUCGCCUGCGUGACACAGCACCGUCUUGCGGUAUGAACUGGCCGCCGGACCUCGAAGACGUGAAGCCGUAUCUGCAACGACAGGAUGUCGUCGAGGCUUUGAACAUCAAUCCCGAAAAGAAAUCUGGAUGGGAAGAGUGUUCGGGUUCGGUUUCCAGCACGUUCCUGGCGCGGAAUUCCAAACCCGCCGCCCAACUACUACCCGGCCUCCUUGAAUCCGGGGUUGCAGUCCUUCUUUUCAGCGGCGACAAAGAUCUCAUUUGCAAUCACGUUGGAACCGAGCAACUUAUCAACAACAUGAAAUGGAACGGCGGAACCGGGUUCGAGACUUCACCAGGGGUUUGGGCACCCCGUCACGACUGGACUUUCGAGAGCGAACCGGCCGGGAUUUAUCAAUAUGCCCGGAACCUGACCUAUGUUCUUUUCUACAACGCUAGCCACAUGGUCCCCUUCGAUCUUCCUCGCCAGAGUCGUGAUAUGGUGGAUCGAUUCAUGAAGGUGGACAUUGCAAGCAUCGGAGGUAGCCCGGCGGACUCUCGCAUCGAUGGCGAGAAACUGCCCCAGACAUCGGUUGGAGGCCACCCGAACAGUACUGCUGCCGAAGAGCAUGAAAAGGAGAAGAUGAAGGAAACGGAAUGGAAGGCUUACGCCAAGUCCGGCGAGGCUGUUCUCGUGGUUGUGAUCGUGGCUGUGUGCGUAUGGGGCUUCUUCAUCUGGCGCAGCCGGCGUCGCCAUAAUGGAUACCGGGGAGUUUUCCAUCAAGAUAUGAGUGGGAGCUCCAUUCUAGAACGGUUCCAUAGCAAACGCACUGGGGCGGAUGUUGAAGCCGGAGAUUUCGACGAAUCUGAGCUCGAUAAUCUUCAUUCGCCUGGAAUCGAGCGAGAUCAUUAUGCUGUGGGGGAAGACAGUGACGAGGACGAUGCAGCCCAGCGACAUUCUCGACAAGGGUCAUCUCAAGUUGGAGGUAACAAAUCAUGAGAUAUAAAUCUGUCUAUAGCCUUCGAUGUGAAUAUUCUUUUUCUUUUCUUUUCUUUUUCUUUUUCUUUGUUUGCUUUCUUGCCCUCCAGUCUUUCUGCAUUCUUCGAUUAUCAUAAUUGUCAUUUUCUUGCGCCAUAAUGAACAUACGCAGUUUGAGUGGAACUUGUGCGCAGGUUCAACAGACUUGAACUGUAUUGAUCCAUAAUUGGCAAAGGUGAGGCUUGGAUUUGUAGAAGCUUCUUGGCCUGUGGUUGU